UCUGCCUCCGCUUCGAACCAUUCCGUUCCACACCCACCCCUCGUCCCGUCGGGACGUCGGCGCCUCGUCCACUUUCCCCAACUCCCACUCCACCCACCACCGCCCCCAAUAAUCCGCUCCGGCGCGACGCGAUGCUCUCUAUCUCCUCCCUCGCCAAGCUCCUCGCCCUCCUGCUCCGGGGCAUCCUCCUCCACCUCCACGCCCCGGCGGCCAUCCCUUCCUUCGCGCACCACUUCUUCUCCACCUAGCGCCGGCUCGCUGGUUGCACUGCGCUCGCUUCCUCCGAUGCCGAGGGCUCUCCAGAGAUCUGGCAGCAACAGCCUGGCCUCCCUGCUCCGCGCCGAGCCCCCGGACGAUGCGGUGGUCGCCGACCCCCGGAAGCGUGGCGAGCGCGAUGGCCGCCGCCAUGGGAGCACCAGGAGGAGGAGGAGGAGCUGCCUCAGGCUGCCCCUCGGCGCGGCCGGCGGGUGCCGCGUCUGCGACUGCGACGAGAUGGACUCCGCCGCGCCUGCGGCGGCCCCGCGGCGGCGCCCGGCGGGAAACGAUGGCGAGGACGAGGAGGACGGCGCGCUGCAGUGCUUCUCCUGGAAGAAGGGCGCCGCGGCCGCCGCCGUGCCGCACCGGCCGUCGGGAGUUGGCGCCGAUGCGGUGGUGGUGGUGAAGGAGGCGUUGUCCCUGGCGGUGCUCCCGGACGACGUGAUGGAGAUGGUGCUGGGCCGGCUGCCGCUGGCCUCACUCCUGGCCGCGCGGUGCGUGUGCAGGCGCUGGAGGGACCUCACCGUCGCCCCGCAGUUCCUGCGGGUGCGCCGCGACGAGCAGGGGGACCCGGAACCGCGCCGGGCGCCGUGGCUGUUCCUGUUCGGGGUCGACGGCGACGUCGGGUGGGGCGCCGCCCCUGCCCCGGUCGUGCACGCGCUCGACGUGGCCGCGCACCGGUGGCGCCGCAUUGGGGCGGGCGGGCUCAAGGGGAGGUUCCUGUUCUCCGUCGCCGGCGUCGGGGACGACCUCUACGUCGUCGGCGGACGGUCCGGCGGCUCGGACGCCAGCAAGGUGAAGACCCACAAGGGGGUCCUGGUGUUCAGCCCUCUCACCGGCUCGUGGCGGAAGGCGGCGCCCAUGCGGACCGCGCGGUCGCGGCCGGUGUUGGGGGUAUUUGAGAUGUCCGCCACCUGCAGCAUUCUCCACGCUCGCGCCGAGAAGCAUGUCCGGCGGGCCAGGUCCCGGUUGGGAGGCGCCUCCGCCGUGUAUGAGGACCCGCACCGGCUCUCCUUCAGGCGCCUCCGGCUCAAGGACAUGCUGAACGAGGACACCGACUCCACGGAGCUCGCUUCGUCUCAUGACAAAUCCGCCGGACAUGACGGCGAGGAAGGCCAGCCGAGGCUCGCCAUUGUCGCCGUCGGCGGGCGCGGGCACUGGGACGAACCGCUGGUGUCCGGGGAGAUAUACGAUCCCCUGAUCGACAAGUGGGUCGAAAUCGCCGGGUUCCCCACCGACGUCGGGCUGGCGUGCUCCGGCGCCGUCUGCGGCCGGAUGUUCUACGUCUACUGCGAGUCCGACACGCUUGUCGCCUACCAUCUGGACAAGGGCUCCUGGGUCGUCGUCCAGGCGUCCCGCCCGCCGCCGCGGCUCCGCGACUACGCCCCGACGCUGGCGUGCUGCGCGUCGCGGCUGUUCAUGCUCUGCGUGUCGUGGUGCGACCGCCACGGCCCGGUGGACCGGCGGGAGAAGGUGGUGCGGAAGCUGUUCGAGCUCGACCUCACCUCGCUGCAGUGGACCGAGGCGGCGGCGCACCCGGACGCGCCGAUGGACCCCAACGCGGCGUUCGCCGCCGGCCGGGACAGGAUCUACGCCGUGGAGAUGUUCAGGAUCUUCGGCAAAGUCCUCGAUUUCGUGACGGCCUGCCGGGUUUCGGACACCGAGCAGAAGUGGAGCAGGGUCGGCCGGGAAAACGCGGCGACGGAGGCCGACGCCAUGUCCGGCAGGCUGAAAUCCAUGGCCGUGCUGCACCUGUAAUUGCACUGCUUACUUUUGAUUGUUCAUUGUAGUAUAGUCUGUUUGCACAGAUUUGUAUGUCAUAACACAACCAUUGAAUUGCAUUGCUUGUAACGUCAUAGUGGCAAUUCAUACUCAUGUUUUCCAAACUUAAUUUAUAGAUGACAAGACCUUUUCUAA